GCGUAUUGUUAAUUUGACUGUAAUUUUCUAUACAAUUUUGAUGGAAGGCUUAUAGUUUAAUUGUUUUCUCUUUGCAGUGAAAAACUUUCAUCAUGGCUGAAAACCAAAGGAAAGCCCAUGGAAAGUUUCCAUCACCUAAAGUGCUUCUUGCCCAUAAGGAGGGAAGCAGGCUUCCAAUCAGACAACCUUUCAAGGAGCCAAACACAAACAGCAACAGUGCUCCAUUGAAAACCUCAGCACCAAAAUCAAGGCCUACUAAUUUGCCGGCUAUUGUGAUUGAGACUAUCCCACAAGAGAAGGAAAAUAGUAAGGGUGAUCUUACAAUCAACCUUGAAAGUACGGAGCCACCUUGCUCACUAACCAGAGAGCAGGAGGACCUUGCUUCUUGUGGCGAUUGUAAGCCACUUGAUGAGACUACCAUUGUAUUGGACUCGGAAAAUUUGAAGGAAACCACUGUAAAAGCGCUCCAUGAGCUGCUCACGUUGAUUCAUACUGGUUAUCCUUGGGAGUCAUGCAAAGAAUGGCUAACAGCACUUGGCAGCCGCAACCCAGAUGCAGAGAGCCUGCCUGACUACUGGGAAUGUUUGGCCGCUCUCGAAGAGAAGCAGGGAGAUAUGCAGAUGGCUGUCGACUCCUACCAGAGGGCCUUGAUGCGUGGUGCUCAGGUUUCUCACAUAGACGUGUGCCUCGAUAGUCUUUUUGAGAAAAUGAAUGCCCUGAACCUGGAGUGCCAACCUUACACGCCAAGGCAAACCGAUGGCAAGAUGAAGAAUGGAGUGGAUGCUAAAAAUAUCUUCAAGUCUACAGUUAUCCAGUUCGCUCUAAUGCAGCAAAAAGUAAAAACUUUCAGUUCGGAAAGUGGUGUCAAUUUGAAAAACCUUAACUAUAUCGCAACACCAGUGAGGAGGAGCACUAGGCAAUCACUCUUCACCUCCAAAACGCCUCAGAGAUGCACGUCAUCAAUAAAAAAUCUGAUGAGUGAAGACCAGGAAAAUGUACAGUUCAAACCAAACAAAGCUCUUCUGUUUGAUGACUGACUUUUAAAUCAGGGACUACUGUUGUUUUUCCUCAUUGUAAUUAACUUUAUCAAUAGAUUUUUCAGAUAUUUCAUAAUUUUGUAUAAUGUUAUGCAUUUCACUUCACUUUAAAGACUUUAAAAUGCUCACUGCUCUUGUUAUACUUUUUACUUGGAAAAAUGUAAUGUCCAAUACUGUUAGAAAUCAAGUAGAGAUAUAGGAGAAGAUAAUUGUUUCUUAUUUAAUACAGGUGAUUUAAAAUAAAGGGAACAUUUUGAAAAUUUCAUUAAACAAAAUUUGGAAGGCCAAAUAUAAUUCUAUUUAUAAAUGAUAAUGGAAACUUCAAAGCUUGCCUGCCAUUCAAGAAAAAUGAAUUACAAUAAUUAUCAUACAUUUAGAAUAAUUUCCUUCAGAUGGCUUCCUCUAACACAAACUUCCAACUCUUGGAAUCUUUGUUGGAGAUUCCUCAUUGAUCGCUUUUUUACACAUUGCUAUUUUUUCGUGGAGCUUAUUUUAAAAUGUUUACAACUCGACCAAUAAUUAUGAUGAAAUCAAAACAGAGAAUUCAGUAUGAAAUCAACAAUAUCCCAGUUGAGAUGUUGCAGCUCAAUGAGGAGGAAUCUCCAACACAUAUUCCAGGAAGGAAGCCACGUAUGUAAAUGAUAUAUGUAUUUCUAUAUCCCCCUUAUUUUGGGUCAGCCGUUUAUGUUGGUAUUUCGCUUGAUCAUCAAUUAACGUAUUGUAUUAUUCAAAGCUUGGUCAUUUUCACAUGUAUAAUCUGUUUUAUUAAUGCACUAAAUAUAUUAAAAUUUUUACUACUUAUUAAUAUAAAUCAUCAUUAUUAAAUUAAUAAUUUUUAUUAUUCUUUUGUUUGUUUGUGAUAAUACUUAGUUAUUCUUCCGAAUUGGAUUUUGAAACUUCGACUUCUAAAAGUGAAUGUGGAUUGUAAAUUUGUCUAAACCAAGUCUUGACUUUUAUCUGUGAACUCCUUUCUUGUAAAACUGUUGCGACAAAUUUAAUGCUUGUAAAUAUUGUGGUCUUUGUACUAUUGAUUGAUGAUAAGUUUAAGACCACUUCCAUUAUUAAGUAUAGCUUAUACUAUUAUAUUAUUUGUGGUUUUCCUACUGCUUGUUAAUAAAAUUAGUUUUAUAUAAUUAAA